AUGAGUGAGGAGCCGUCACUGCCUACACUUCCUGCCGUCUCAUGGAAUGAGCAGUCGCAAACCUUCGCCAAGGGCUCUCGGAAGCGCCUGAGACCUGUCCAUCCCAACACGGGCACAACGGCGCCAGGCUUGUACAACUCGAGUGACCCAGCAGUCUUCUCCAGCGACGACGAUCCCGGUCUGGACAAUUAUGUUACCAGUCGCCGCAAGCGAAAAUAUGUUGGCUCAUGGUAUCAACAAUUUCCAACGUCCUCGGACUCAACCUUUAGCGAGACACAGCAAAUUCUGCCGCGGCCCAAACGAAUACUACGACGACAGUUGGACAGUGGCGUGUUUCUGGGCAGCGACGGCGCAACCGACAAUGACAGUGCUCCCGAGACGAUGGAACUUCCCAUCCAUAGCAAGUUCCCGCGCAUCGGGCGGCCGGCCGUGCCCAUAUUAUCUGAGGCUGAGCAUGUGGCUCAGGAGAAGAUCCGCGAAUGCCUGGAGCAAGGCAACGAGUCCAUUGAUUUCUGGUCACUGGGUCUGGAAGACCUCUCCAACGAAACAAUAACACCUUUGGCGCAGCUCUCCUGCAUUCCACAGGUCGAUCGUGAUGUCGCAUUCGAGCAGAAAGACCCGGAACUAAAAAUCUACCUCGCGAGGAACAGGCUGCGGCGUCUACCAGGAAACCUGUUCGAUCUGACCUUUCUCACUGUUCUGAGCCUCCGCGAUAACAAGCUUUCGGAGAUUCCAGUAUCCAUCGCCAAGUUGACCAAUCUGCGAGAGCUCAACCUUGCCCAGAAUAAGCUGCGCUCGUUGCCGCCACAGCUUCUUGACCUCAUCGGCCCCGCAGGACGGUUGAAGAAGCUGAUGCUAUUUCCGAACCCUUUUGCGCAACCAGACCGCGUAAUUGGGGAUAUUUCAGACAACGGGAACAUGGAUGUGCACGAUUACGUCGUGAGCAUGCGCGCCGGCGCCAUUCGACCUGCAGUUUUGGGGAGAUUCCUUGGCCAGACCCCCUUGCAGCUUACAACGUCCAAGGGCCAACGUACAUCAAAGUUUUGCUUGUCAUUGGACGCUGAAAACCUCCCCGUUGAGUUCGCCAGACAGGAGCUGGAUGAUAGCGACAAGGAAGUGGUACUCGAAGGCAGUGAUGAUGCACUCGCUGUGAAGCAGAGCCGAGUGCCCAGCCUAGUGGAGGCAGCUCUUCGGUCUUGCUACCGUAUCGCGAAGCCGGAGAUCCUUGCGCAGUAUAUUCCUGACGAGCUGUAUCAGCUACGCGCUCUGGUGACCCAGGUUGGGGACCAGAAGCACUCUGGAGGUCUCACCUGCAGCACCUGCCGAAAGCACAUGGUGAUGCCGGCCGUCGAGUGGGUUGAAUGGCGCGAUCUACGAACGUGCUAUUGGCUGCAAGCAGGCGGCGGCCGCAACAUCGAUCCAGGUCACAUCGCGGCGAGAUUAAUACCUCUCAGCAGAGCUCGGGGGGAGAUAGCUGUGCCAUUCUUGCAUCGCGCAUGCUCUUGGCUUUGUGGUCCGAUGGGAAGGAAGCUUGAGCUGGGAUGGAGUCGAGACUUUGAUAUCAGUAUUAUGGAAUAG